AUGGCUUUCGUUCGUGUGUUUAUUAUUGCUGCCUUAACAUCAUGGUCUGGGUAUUACACUCAGGCGAGUUCUACGAAAACAAUCGGUUUGCCAUCUUUGAAAUUCCAAUUUACGCUCAAACGUAGCUCCGUGCGGGUACAAGGCUUGACUGAAUUGUCCGUCUUUGCAAACCCCAUCGAAUUGGACGGGGGUGACAGUGUACUCUACGACGUCUUUUCAUCAUUUACUGAACGCAAUACAGUGCACAACUACUACCUUGUCAAUGGAAUUGGUAUGUCUUCAAGUGUCUCAAACUUUUGUACUGAAAAUGUGACCAUGCAAUGUCAGGAUUCCCUACUCGACGAACUUCCACCGAUUAACGCUAUCAUCAGUGCGUUAAACGAAGCAACUGCUAUCUCAAGUGAGGCAGGAACUUUUCAAAGUGCGGUGGAGUGCCCGAAUGGAAAUCUAUUCAAGGUUACGAUCAACAACAUCGAUUUUGCAUUGUGCACAUUGGAUUCGCUGGGAUUUACGAUGCACGGCAGUGAUAUGGACGUGAAGGUUGAGUAUCUCAAUGCCCACCUGAACAUUAGAAUUCCGACUUCGACUUCGGAACUGAACUGCGACACAGUGGCGACUCGUAGCUCCAUUACACAGAUCGGAAAGUAUUUGUUGACCGGAAAACUGAUUCAAGGCAAUGCGAGAAGCUUGAAAGCUGCGUUCAGUUUUUCGUCGAUAUUUUCGUCGAUAUUUUCGUCGACAACUUCGUCAGCUUGUUCGUGCAAAUCAACACCUCGCCCGUGUAUCUUCGUUCAUGGUUUGGGGGUAAAGGUCGAAAUGCGAGAGAAUCAGGAUAGCUUCACGAAAUAUUGGGGCGACCACUUGUUUAAACACGCGCCGUGCUGUUCAUCGCUCAAAUUUGCACACCUGAAUACGGUAAAUGAUCCGUGGACUAGCAAAAUAUUACAGCAAAAAGUGUGUGAUCGUGUCCUGGCAGUGAGCGACGGAAGUACAGAUGUUAAGAUCGUUGACACUAUCGUCGUUACGCACUCAAUGGGUAAUCUCAUGCUUGCUGGUGCACUUGCCAACGGACUUUGCACGCUAGACUCUAGCUCAACAUGGAUGGCCUUGGCGGCACCUAUGAAGGGUAGUAUGGCGUCUGAUUUUACCCAGAAGUCCUGUGCUGGAAAUACUUCCACGACCUGGGAAGAAUUUGGAAAGAUUACGGGGAGAUGCCCUCCGAGCACCGCGUUGAAAGCGCUGGCAUACCAGGGUGGGGAAUACAGUUCCAAGAGCCUGGAUGAAGCGUAUGUAGCUGCACAGGAAGCUUACCAGACCAACGUGUUUGCAAUCAUGUGUAGCAAGUCAAGCUCCGGAAUUCUGUCCAAGCACCAAGCUGAGUAUUGGGCUUUAUCGAAAUCGAUUCCUCAUCACUCUCACCACAAUGAUGGCAUGGUAGAAUUCGACAGCUGCGUUGGAGGGUUUUCUUCACCGAAGUUUGGUGAAACCUGGAGAGAUCGUUUUUACUUGGCAAAAGCGAACCAUGAAGACAUGAGGUUUUUAAAUGGCGAUUCACGAUGGAACGAGGCAAAGAAGCCUCUAAAAUGGCUCGAAUGCUUGUUAUAG